AUGACCGAGAAGGAAGUGCCAGAGCCAGCGGCUUCACCGGCUUCAGGUGGGAAACCCAAGAGCCGGCUGCAGAAGCUGAAGCAACUUUUCCAGCGAAAACCGAAGGAGGAGCCGGUGCCGGAGCCGCAGCCCAACGGGGAGCUGGUCAGCCCCUCGGGGGGCCCCAUCUACUACAUCUAUGAGGACGAGGAAGAGGAGGAAGAGGAGGAGGAGCCCGAGCCCCCUCCUGAGCCCGAGAAACUCGUCAAUGACAAACCCCACAAGUUCAAAGAUCAUUACUUCAAAAAACCCAAGUUCUGCGAUGUUUGUGCCCGGAUGAUCGUCCUCAACAACAAAUUUGGCCUGAGGUGCAAGAACUGCAAAACCAACAUCCACCACCACUGCCAGUCCUACGUGGAGAUGCAGCGCUGCUUCGGCAAGAUCCCCCCCGGGUUCCGCCGGGCCUACAGCUCCCCCCUCUACAGCGACCAGCUCUGCGUCAAGGACCAGCUCUCGGACAACAGGAGCGACCCCGUGUUCGAGACGCUGCGGACGGGCGUCAUCAUGGCCAACAAGGAGCGCAAGAAGGGGCAGGACGACAAGAAGAAUCCCUUGGCUGCGAUGAUGGACGAGGAGCCGGAGGCCACGAAGCCGGCGGGGAGCAAAGCCGAGGGCGGUGCCUCCGAAGGGGACAAGAAGGCUGAGAAGAGCCCGACAGAUGACAAGAACAAGAAGCCGCAGCCGGGGGCGUUCCUGCAGUCCCACUAUUUUGUGGCACUUUAUCGCUUCAAAGCCCUGGAGAAGGACGACCUGGACUUCCCGCCGGGGGAGAAGAUCACGGUGGUCGAUGACUCCAACGAGGAGUGGUGGCGGGGGAAGAUCGGUGAGAAAGUCGGGUUUUUCCCCCCCAACUUCAUCAUCCGGGUGCGGGCGGGCGAGCGGGUGCACAAAGUGACCCGUUCCUUCGUGGGCAACCGGGAGAUCGGGCAGAUCACGCUCAAGAAGGAUCAGAUCGUGGUGCAGAAGGGGGAGGAGGUGAACGGUUACGUCAAAGUCUUCACCGGCCGCAAAGUGGGGCUGUUCCCUGUGGACUUCCUGGAGGAGAUCUGAGGGGGCUGCGGGGGGGGCGGGAGACCCCCGGGAUG